AAAACACAAACCAACCUAAUUAUAACAAAAGUCUGGCGAUUACCUAAGCCAAAGCCGAAGAUAGUGCGCGCCGAACGUGAAUUGUGCUUCGGCUUUAACCGAUCGCUUGCGAGAGUAUAAACAGCGCCCAGCAGCAGCAAGAUGACAUUCUACAAACGUAAGCUAAACGAAACGGAACAGUUAAAUCCGCAAGAGUUCGACAACAACAACAUGGAGCUGGUCUGUGUAAAGGAUUUUGAGCGCCAGGCAUUCGCCAAGCUGGAGAAGAAUACCCUGGACUACUAUAAGAGUGGUGCAGGCGAACAGUUUACUUUGGAGCAGAAUCGCGCAGCAUUUAGAAGAUUAAGACUGCGUCCACGCAUACUACGCAAUGUCUCACAGCUGGACAUCAGCUGUCGCAUACUGGAUGAGCAGCUGAAGUGGCCCAUGGGCAUUGCACCCAGCGCCAUGCAGAAGAUGGCGCAUCCCGAUGGUGAAAUCGGCAAUGCACGCGCCGCUGGCAAAGCUGGUGCCAUUUACAUCUUGAGCACGCUGUCCAACACUUCGCUAGAGGAUGUAGCCGCUGCUGCACCCAACACAUGCAAAUGGUUUCAGCUCUACAUAUACAAAGAACGUCAUCUAACCGAGCAGCUGGUGCGACGUGUGGAGCGUGCGGGCUUCAAGGCACUUGUCCUUACAGUGGACGCGCCUGUUUUUGGCAAUCGUCGUGCAGAUGUGCGCAACAAAUUCAGCUUGCCAGAUCACUUGAACUUGGCCAACUUCGAGGGCGAACUAGCCAAUGUUACCACCAUGGGCGGCUCUGGCAUUUACGAGUAUGUAACCAAUCAAUUCGAUCCCAGCAUCACUUGGCAGGACAUUAGCUGGCUGAAGCAGCUGACCAGUCUGCCCAUCGUGCUCAAGGGCGUGCUAACUGCAGAGGACGCUGUGCUGGCGCGUGAAUUUGGCGUCGAUGGCAUUAUAGUGUCCAAUCAUGGCGCCAGACAGCUCGACAGCGUGCCAGCCUCCAUUGAAGCUCUGCCCGAGGUCGCCAAGGCAGUGGGCAAUGAUAUGCUUGUUAUGUUCGAUGGCGGCAUAAUGGAGGGCAAUGAUAUAUUCAAGGCCAUAGCCUUGGGCGCCAAAGUGGUCUUCCUGGGACGUCCGGCUCUAUAUGCCUUGGCGCACAAUGGACAGCAGGGUGUGGAGGAAAUGCUGGAGAUAUUGCGCAAAGAUUUUGAAACUACUAUGGCCUUAAUGGGUUGCCCUUCAUUUGAGGAUAUAACGCCGGCAAUGGUUGUGCAUGAAAAAACAUUUAUGAAAUUAUAAGUCAUGGGUUAUCUAAUUGUAAAAUUAAUAUAUUAAAUAUUGUUAU